AUGGCUGAGAAGGAAAACUGGACCGCAGUCUCGACGUUGCCUCCUCCUCUCAUCAACCGCCUCAUCAUUGUUGCCAACCGGGUGGUGAGCUACGGAGCUGUCGGUGAAAGACAUUGCCUGUGGAUGGCGAGAGGCAGCGGAAUCACACUUGGCCAGAUCCGCUCUAAAGGACACAACUCUGGAGUGGGCAAGAGACAGCAUUUCGGAAUGGGCGACAGUGAAGGAGUGACAUGCGACGGUGCUCGAGAGGUGACUGUGCCGGGUCAAUUGCUCGUCGUGAACUUCGGUCAGGCAAUGGAUACGCCGGGCUCGCUGAUGCUGGCGAAACUUAUGAGAAUAUGCUUGGAAUCUUGCCUCAAACUGGAUAUUGUC